UUUCGAAUUUUUUUUCAAACAAUUUUCAAAUUUUUGUUUUACAAGCGUGGGUGUUAUUAAUUAUAUUACCAUCAAUAAUUAUUGAAAAAUAAAAAUUGGUGUGGGAUUAUACUACUCUCAAAAUGUUGCGUUUGCAUCAUUUCGACUUGCAGACAAAUUUCAGCUUAAAAUAUUUGACUAAGACGUCAUUGCAGGAUGUUCAAUACUCUGAUCGAUUUAUCAUACCCCGCGUUGAAGAGUAUUUGAACCAAUUUAUGCAAUCUACAAGAAAACGAAGAUUUCUGGAUAAAGAACUAAUUGUUAAUGCCUUGCGAUCAGAGUAUCCAGAGUAUAAUAGAAAACCUUGGGGUGUUAUGUCAAAUCUAAUUGCUAGAGCAUUAGCUGUACUCGAUAAUAUAAAAGAUGGCAAACCGGUAGAAGACGUAUCAUCGGAAGGCUCAACUAUUGACAUAAUGUCUUCUGGAGAUGAGCAUAUCGACAUUACAAACGAUUUGGAUCCUCCAGAAAAUUUGAACCAUUACAUUACCGAUAUAAACAGUUCAGCUUCUGAAAAAACCCAAGAAGUUGGAUCAAAUUCUUUUGUCUGUGAUAUAACUACUAACGGCGGUAGCAAUAAGUCAGCCACUUGUCCUAACGACUUUGAAAAUAUGCCUGGUUGGGUAAUAGACAAGAAGCCAUUCAUAAGUAAAAAAAGAAAAAGUAAUUUAGAUAAGACUGUCGAUGGAAUGCCAACACCUCUAAAAAAAGUUUGCCAAAAAUUAGCUACUGCAGAAGAAGUCACUUUAACAUUUGAUGAUUUAGCUGGAUGUGAUUCCGUGUUAUUGGAAAUAUGCCAAUUAAUUAUGCAUAUUAAGCACCCAGAAGUUUAUAAGACAUUAGGUGUAUCUCCUCCAAAAGGAUUUUUGUUACACGGACCACCUGGAUGUGGUAAAACACUCUUAGCACAGGCAGUGGCAGGAGAACUAAAGAUUCCAUUAAUAAGCAUUGCUGCUCCACAACUAGUCGUCGGUAUAAGCGGAGAGUCAGAAAAACGAGUGAGAAAACUGUUUGAAACUGCUGUUAAAUCAGCACCUUGUGUACUGUUCAUUGAUGAGGUAGACUCAAUUUCUCCACAUAGAGAAACCACUUCACGCGAUAUGGAACGUAGAAUUGUUGCUCAAUAACUAUCAUCUUUAGAUAAUUUGAAGGAUGACGACAAAGUAAUUGUGAUUGGUGCUACGAAUCGCCCUGACAGUUUAGAUCCAGCACUGAGACGAGCUGGCCGGUUUGAUCGUGAAGUCUGCCUUGGUAUUCCUGAUAGACAGUCUCGUAGAGCAAUGUUAGAUCUCAUGUGUAAAAAUUUACGAAUUGAUCCAACAGUCAGUUUGGAUAAAUUAAGUGAAUUAACACCAGGUUAUGUUGGUGCUGAUUUGAAAUCCUUAACAAGAGAAGCAGCCACUGUAGCAGCUAAUAGAACUAUUGAAUCUAUAAAAAAGAGAUUGCAAGUAAUAUCUGAUUUUGAUAAGCCUGAUGAGACAGAACAGUUGUUAUCAUCAAAUAAGAAUCAAAUCAAAGACACAUUGAAAUUGCUUCGCUCCGAUAGUUUUAUUCCCAUGGAGGAAGUGAGUGAAAUUCAAAUUGUAUUUAACGAUUUUGAAGAAGCUCUGAAGAAAGUUGUCCCCUCAUCCAAAAGAGAAGGAUUUGUUACAGUGCCCAAUGUUACAUGGGAUGAUAUUGGUUCUCUAAAGAAAAUAAGAGAAGAACUGCACAUGGCUAUGUUGGCUCCUGUAACUCAUGCUAAAGAAUUCACUGCAUUGGGUUUAGAUGUUCCAACUGGAGUACUACUAUGUGGACCACCAGGUUGUGGUAAGACAUUGUUAGCCAAAGCUGUUGCAAAUGAAGCUGGUAUUAAUUUUAUAUCUAUUAAAGGCCCUGAAUUAUUGAACAUGUAUGUUGGUGAAAGUGAACGAGGAGUACGUCAGUGUUUUCAAAGAGCACGUAAUUCACAGCCUUGCGUCAUAUUUUUUGAUGAAAUUGAUGCACUUUGUCCUAAAAGAAGUGACAUGGAUGCAAAUGGUCGUUCUGGUCAACGCGUUGUCAAUCAAUUAUUAACUGAAAUGGAUGGAUUUGAAGGUGGUAGAAGUGGUGGCGUUUUUGUUAUGGGAGCAACAAAUCGGCCAGAUAUGAUUGAUCCUGCUGUACUUAGACCAGGACGUUUGGACAAAGUAUUAUAUGUUGGAUUGCCCGAUGAAGAAGGACGUGUGGACAUAUUAAAAGCAGUGACUAAAAAUCGUAAAAGACCAGUGUUGGCAGAUGAUGUAGACCUGGAAGCGAUUGGCAAAAAUGAAAAAUGUUCUUACUUUACUGGAGCUGAUUUAGCUGCUCUUGUGCGAGAGGCAGGCAUUUUGUGUCUGCAGGAGUAUAUAAGUUCAAAUGAAGUGAAUAAACAAUUGGCAAUCCAGAGUAAGCACUUUGAUGAAGCCAUGAUGAAAACUAGACCUUCAGUAUCAGCCGAGGAUCAGGCACAUUAUGAAUUGUUGAAAUUAGAAUAUGCUGCACCAAGAAGUUGAAGUAUAAAGCAUGGUUUCACAGAUAAAAUUAAACUCAGAUGUUUGUUCCUGUUAAUUUUUACUGUUUUUUUUAUCAUUAUUGAUUGUUAUCUUAUGAGUCAUAAGAUUUUGAGACCCUGCGAUUGGUUUUUUCCUUGGGCCCCGCAAAUCCUCUGGGCAGCCCUGCGUAUGAUAGAUAAAUCUGAUUGUAUUAAUAUUAUUUUUUUCAUAAUAUUCUGUACAUUGGGAUUUUUUUAUAUGUAUAUUUUUUUUGCUCAUUGUCACAUUUUAUUCUAUACAU